AUGAGCGCUGCACGAUAUCUCAAGAGAUUAGAGAGAGAUAAACCAGGCGCUGGACAGGCAGCAGCGCAGGCGAGCUCUAAUGAAAAUUUCUGCCUCGUUGGUACUCCCUUGCCCAGUUUAGUAGAUAGCAAGAAAGAUAAGAAUGAAUAUCAGCCAAUUUGGCAGCAAGAAGUGCUUGACGAACAGGGUAGACGUAGAUUUCAUGGUGCAUUCACUGGUGGUUUCUCAGCAGGUUAUUUCAACACCGUUGGCAGCAAAGAAGGCUGGACACCCUCUACUUGGCAGUCGAGCAGGUCUGGAAACACUGGAAAAAGGGCCAGACCAGAAGAUUUCAUGGAUGAAGAAGAUUUAGAGGCUCUCAAGGAAGCCAGAGUGUUAGAGACACGUCCAGAUUAUGAUCUUCUGGCUGGUAGCGCAUCAGAUAACAAGCGACAGCGUGUUGACGAUAAUGAUACGUUUUCAAACAUUUUCAGACCGGCGAAGUCUGGUAUUGGUACACUUCUCAUGCGUAAAAUGGGCUGGAGGGACGGUCAAGGUGUAGGUCCACGUAUUAGCAUUCAUAAAGCUAAAGAGCAAAACCCAAAUUUGAAUGUCUUGGAAGAACACGGCGAGAAGCACACAUUUGCACCACAGGAUUCUUCUUUGAUGAUCCCACCCCGUCAGAUCGGAUCUCAAGGGCUGGGAUAUGCCUACACAGUCCAUUCUCUCAGAUCAUCUGAUCAAGGCGGGACAGAAAAACAGACAAAAGGUGAUAUAUCUCAUGGUUUCGGCUUGGGUAUUGAAGAUGCAGACGAGGAUGACAUUGAUAUUUACGGUGGUCCUUCGCUUAACAUAGAAAGAGGGCAGAAGCUGAACCAGUUGGCAUACGAUGAUAGUAAAGAUUAUAACGGAAGUGCAACAAGGCAGUUGGAAAAGCAACCACCACCUCGCAAUUUGGUAGGAGUUGAAUUUUUCAAAGACGGCAAGCCACUUUUAAAGGGCUUCGUAUUACAGAAAAAUAAUCAAAUAAGUGAGACUUGGUUUGACCAACCAGAGGUUCCCAAGAACUGGAAACCAGACCCAAUGAGAGUGUUGAAAGUAAAGAUAAACACUCAAGAAGAUGCUGAAGGCACAUCCAAACCGAUCCCUCGGGAUGCAAAUGAUCGCGCACGUAUUUUGGGAGAAGAAGUACCCAAAAAGUCUGUUUUUGACUACGUCUCCGCUCAAGAUAAGCAGCGACUAGAAAAGGAGCAGUCAGACUUUGAAGAUGAGCAGGAGAUCCGAAUACCACCGAUAGAUAAAGCCACAGCUAGCAACGCUUUACGAGCAAGCAUACCAUUUCCAGAAGGUGAUCCAAAGAGGGCCCGCUAUACCGCCUAUUUGCAUUCUCAAUCAGAUCCUCAGAAGUACCCACCAGAUGUAGUGAAUUUACCAGACGAUACUCAAACAAAAACGCAAUUCAAUAUAGAGCUAGUAGAGUUCCAAAAAACUGCUAGUCUUUUUAAACCGAUGACGGCCGCAAUGGCUGGUAGGUUUACAACAGGAUCGCGAACAAAUGUGGGUACUACUGAGACACCGUCCUUUGAGCCUGGAUUGCGUCCUGGUGUUACACCAAAAGCAAAGGAACCAUCACCACCACCAAAACCAGUCGAAGAAGUUCGAGCAGAGCGUGAUGCAGAAAGACAACGGAAUGAAACUCCUCUCCAAAAAGCAGUACGUGAGGGUAACUUGGGUAUAAAGACAGGUACACAUACUUUCACAUCGUGGAAACCUUCAAAGUUGCUUUGUAGAAGGUUUCAGGUACCGCCUCCGGCGAUUACGCUUGAGAGUGAUGAUAGCGAAGCAGGAUUUCAAUUCGGAAAACAAACAGGUGGAGAAGCACCCCAGCAUAAGCCAUCUGCAUGGGCAGCUGCGGGACUUGAAGACGUUUCAUUACCGGAACCACCCAACGUUUUGGAGUUGGAAAGACACGCCGCAGCUAAAGAUCGGAAUCCAGGACUAAAGCAAGUGGGUCUAGGCGAGGAUGAGAAGGCGAUGGAAAUGAUAGCCAAACAGACGCGACCGCCAAUGGAUAUUUUUAAGGCAAUUUUUAAUGAAAGUGAUGAUGAAGAUGAAGAACGCGAGAAACCGGGAAGAGAGAAGAAAGCGGUGACGGAAAAGACAAGCGAGAAGAAGAAGAAGAAAGACGCGAAGAAACGUAACAACCUUCGAAGUAAACUGACGUUUGAUGAUGGCGAAUCGGAAGAAAUCCAAACGAGUGAAAAGCCAAAGAGGCGUUUAGCUGUAGAUUUUAUGUAA